CACAGGGGUAUAAAUGAUUCUGAAUUGAAAGAUAAGUUGCGGAAAUUGGUUAAGAGUAUCGUGGACGGCGAUGACUACCAGGUGAACGCUGCCGACGAGGCUAUCAUUGCUCUUUCUUCUCUCAAGGAUUUGAAAUGCAGCACCUCCCUCUCACAGAAAUUGAACCAUGUACCUGUUCCUGCACAGUUUCGAUGCCCCAUCUCAGGACAAUUAAUGACUGAUCCUGUAAUCUUGGCCAGUGGACAGACUUAUGAUCGGCCAUUCAUCCAGAGGUGGCUGAAUGAAGUCUACAGAAUUUGCCCUGAGAGCCAACAAGUCCUCUCUCACUCUAUCCUUACACCGAAUUGCCUGGUCCAAGACUUGAUUUCACAGUGGUGCAAAGAGCAUGGAAUUGAGCUACCAAAGCCUGUAGGGGACACUGAUGAUGGAGAAGUAACUGAUGCACAUAUACAACGUUUACAUUCAUUGCUUCAUAAUUUGUCAUUGUCUGUUUCUGAUCAAAAAGAAGGUGCAAAAGAGCUUCGUCAGUUAACAAAACGAAUGCCUUCAUUUCGAAGGCUUUUUUGGGAGCCAGAAAUGAUUCAACGAUUGCUCAGUCCAUUAUUAGCUGGCACGGCUUGUAUUGAUCCUGAGCUCCAUGAGGACUUGAUCACAACUGUUCUAAAUCUCUCAAUUCAUGAAGAUAAUAAGAAAGUGUUUGGAGAGGAUGAAAAGGUUAUCUCCCUGCUUAUUGAUUCCUUGAAAUCCGGAACCAUUCAAACAAGAAGCAAUGCUGCAGCAGCUAUUUUCUCAUUAUCAGCGCUUGAUUCCAACAAGCUCAUUAUUGGAAAAUCUGGAGCUAUCAAAUAUUUGGUUCACCUUUUAGAGGGGGGAAAUUUAUCAGCAAUGAAAGAUGCUGCUUCAGCCAUAUUCAACCUAUGUAUUGAGCAUGAAAAUAGAGAGAAGACUGUGAGAGAAGGGGCAGUACAGGUUAUUCUUAGCAAGAUCAUGGACCACAUUCUAGUUGAUGAGUUGUUGUCUCUGCUGGCACUCCUCUGUAGCCAUACCGUGGCUAUUGAAACAUUGGGAAAUAAUGGUGCUGUCCCCUUCUUGCUGGGUAUUUUAAGAGAGAGCAUGUCAGAACGCAUCAAUGAAAACUCUGUUGCAAUCUUAUAUGUAAUCUGUCUCCAUGAUAGGACAAAGCGGAAGGAAAUUGGAGAAGAAGAAAUGGCCAAUGGUACACUGUCUAAGCUAGCACAAUCAGGGACUUCAAGGGCCAAGAGAAAAGCUACCGGUAUUCUUAAUAGGCUCGACUUACCUCACUCCUCCACUUAUACCACUUAA